AUGGCCCCUUAUAAAGCUCUUUAUGGGAGAAAGUGCAGAUCUCCUUUAUUUUGGGAUGAUGUUGGCGAAGGGAACCUACUUGGACCAGAGAUUAUUCAGGAAAUGAGGAAUCAUGUUCGAGUUAUAAGAGACAAGAUGGCAGCUGCACAGAGUCGGAAACUUAGUCCGAGAUAUGUUGGCCCUUUUCAGAUUCUGGAGAAGGUUGGACCAGUUGCUUAUCGUAUUACCUUGCCAGAAUAUUUUGGAGAGAUUCAUGAUGUUUUCCACGUGUCGUCAUUAAAGAAGAGCUUUGGUCAGCAGGAGCCACUUUUCGUUGAUCCAGGGAGCAUUCAACUCCGGCCUGAUCUCACAUAUGAAGUUGUGCCAACUCAGAUCUUGGACAGGAAGGAGCAACAAUUGAGAUCCAAGUCGAUACCUCUAGUUAUGGUAUCUUGUGGAGAUCCUUUAGCCCAGGAUUUUUCGUGGGAGAGAGAGGCAGACAUGAGAAAGUUCUACCCUUACUUGUUCGGGUAG